AUGAAGUCUCUCACUCUUUCCAAAAUUAAGAAAACCAUAAAGUAAUUUGAUCUCUUUGGGGUUGAAUUAAACUUGAAUGUUAAUCAAUAGGAGAAAUAUCGAAGUGCUUGUGGUGGAAUAGCUUCAUUAAUUAUGAUUUUCUUAUUAGGCUAUAUUUUUACAAAUCGAUUCAUUAACAUUAUCAAUAAGGAAGAUUAUACAGUAAUUGAUUUGUUUUAUACUUAGAUAAAAGUUUAAAACUUAAAAAGUGCAAACCCAACUUAUAAUAUUAUGAACAGUCAAAAUUUUAUGUUAGCAAUAAAAGUGAAUGAUCCUUUAUAAGAUUACUAUUAAAAUACAUCUAAAACAUCAUAUAAUAUUACAAUUUAACAAUUUAUCUAAAAUAGCAAUUAAAAUGGAACAAAAACAAAAUAACUAUUAAAAAUCUACAAAUUAGAAAAAUGUACUAUUGAGCAUUUUGAAGCAGUAAAUUUGGUUGAUUAUUUAUAUAUUGUUAAAUAAUUAGGUUCAUACCUAUGUUUACCAUUAGAUUAUGAACUUUAUCUUUAAGGUAGUUAUAAUUCUGAGAAAUUCUUUUACCCUAAGUUAAUUAUUCAAACAUGUCAGAAUGAAUAGGAAUUCUGUUACUCUAAAGAAGAGAUAUUUGAAUUUAACAAAAAUAAAUCUUCCACAAUUACACUUUCGACUUUAAUUAAAUCAAGUUUAUUUUUAUUUAAUGAGACAAAAAAUUCAUUAUAACAUUAUAUUGGUUCUGACUUUUAUCUACAAUCAGAUUUUUCACAUUAUUGUACAGCAGACCUUUUUUUUUAAUUCAAUAAAAUAAAGAUAGAUGAUAAUCUAUUAAGCUUGAUGACAACCUCUAAUACGGAAUUAGAUUAUUGGUCAUUUUCCUUACCUAAUUAUCGAUAAUUUUAAGUAUAUAUAAAAAUUAAGUGAUAGAAAGAAGUAACAGAUAUUAAUGUGAUAUUUGAAAUAAAUCUUAGAUUAGAUGCUGAAUCAUAGGUAACAACAAAAAUGGCUUAGAGCUUUGAUUAAUUUUUGUCAUAUUUAGGAGGUAUGUUAAAGUUCUUUUCAGCCUUAUUUGGUUUUGUAGCCAUUUAAUACAAUUUCUUAGCUAUGAGAAUCUCUUUGGCUAAUGUUUUGUAUGAAUUUAAUCUUCCCUUAAAAGAACAAGGGAGAGUGAUAUUCUCAUAUGAUAAAUUAUUAAACUAUAUAUAACUGAAAAUCAAUCGAGUUGAUGAUUUGAUAGGAAAACUUAAAAAUUAUGCUCAUUAAGUAGUUAAACUCAGCAAUAUAACAAGAGCAUGGACAUCAUUUUCUUCAAAUACACGAUUAUAAAAAUAAGAAUAACAUGAAGUAGGUGAGCAUUAAUAUUCAAAAUAGGAAAUUAAUGAUUUUACAGAAAAAUUGAAAGAUAUGAAGGAAAAUUUUCUAUAUAGUUUAAUUAAAAAGAUUUUAGAUUCUAAAAAACAAUUAAAGUUAGGAGUUAAUUUUUUCACUCUUGCUUUUUAUUGUUGUUAAUGUUUUCAAAAAGUUUGGGUAACACGAAAAUUAAUUAGACAAUGUGAUUUAAUGAUUAGAAGAGAUUUAGAUAUCGUAACAAUAUUGAGUAAGAUCUAAUAGAUAGAAAAAUUAAAGGCAACGAUUUUGGAUUAAGAUUAAAUUUCUGUAUUUAAUUAUAUUCCAAAACCUGUAAUAUUUGUUGAUCGACAUUAUAAAAUAUCAACAGAUGAAUAAUUAUAAUAAAAUUAACUAAUUUAAAAAAUAAAUCAAUAAAAAAGAGCAAGAAUUAUCAAAAAGAGAAUAAAAUAUAAUUCUUAAAAAAAAAUUGCAAAGGUUUACAAUGCCUAUUUAAAAUUGAAGGAAUCAUAAAGCGAUGUUAAUAAUCGAUUAAUUUUAUUAUUAGGUCCAACUAUGGAAAUGAUAUUUUAAAAAUAUCAUGAACUCUAAGAGAUAGCGAAAUAAAAAGAAGAUUUGAGUUAAACUCUUCCUACUAUUUAAGCAUAAUCUGUUAGACAUGGAAUAUUAAAUACUUAUGAUUAAAAAUUAGAUACAAAAAUGAAUUUCAAAAUAUAACAAAAGGAUAUAAAUGAUGAUGGGAAUAUAGAAUUUGAAGGAGAAUGA